AUGUCAAAAUUACAUUCUACCGAAGACUCUAUUUCGCAACCUUCGAUCGAUGCUAUGCCAAGCUCUAUGGACAAAGAUGCCAAUGGUGUUUACUCAAGAGAUACCUCAGAGAAUGAUUACGAUGCCUCUAUACAAAACGAGUUAGACCAAAUAGAAAGCAAUCUCGAACAGCUAUCCGAAAACCAGAAAAAAAGACGGAUGAGUAAACAUGAGAUGGAUUUCUUGGAGUCUGAGCUGAACAUGGAACUUGAGACUAUGGAUGUUUCUGACUUUGAUAUGCAUCUACAAAAACUAAUAUCCGACAAUAACUCUUCUCUUGGAAAAGAUAAAGCUGGCAAUAUUGCAGAAAAACAUGAAAAUACAAGCUCAGGAGUAAUUGAGGAUUUGAAUCAUAAGGAAGGAGAAGCACACGAAAACAACUUUUCACCCCAUAAUAACAGUGGUCCAAUCGUAGCAGUUGAUUUGCAUUCUUCUGGACUGUCGUCUGCACCAGAAAAUAAUAAUGAAACUCAAGGGAGGGGUGGAGAUGUAAAUAGUGAGAAGUAUGUUGAUCCGGAUGCAGAAUUUCAAGAACCCAAGGAGAAUCAAGAUUUUGACGAGAGGUCUACUGCAUGCAAGUCUGCGGAAAAAAACAAGGCAGAACAUGUGUUACCUCAGGAGGCUGGUGCUGCAUUGAUCGAAAAUGGAGACCAGGAUAGCUUAGGAAAUAACAAUGAGGAUAAAGAUAAAGAGAAAACUGAACAAGAGAAUUUUAAUUCUCCUGUAACUUCUGAGUCACAGUUUCAACCUUUAUCCAAAGUGCUGAGUGAUGCUGACGAGAAGACAGCAAAAAGGAAACAUGAAAGUGUCUCUGAUGUCGCUUCAAAAAAGGACAAAGUUUUGGAAGAAGAUGUUUCGAACCGAAGUAAAAAACGCAAGAAAUCAUCUAUUGAAACAAUCCAGGUUGAUUCUUAUAAAGGGGUAUCAAUUCCUGCUAAUAGUGAGCUAUUCAAAGAGCCGGAUAACAAUUCGGCAUUACAAGCGUACAGGAAUCUUCUACAUAAUUCUGAAAAGACUGCCGGUGAGUUGUCCAGUCACGUAAAUGCACAGUUAUCAGCGUUACCGCUCCAAAUUACUGCACCCGAUAACUUAUCAUUUAACGUUCAGACUCUAAUACAUACACUUCCUUGCUUGGACAAUUUUGCGACGCAAAUACUUAUCAAAAUUGCAAAAGGGCCUUAUCAGAAAAUCAUGGAAAUAGUGUCUAACAGAGAAUCUUAUACUUCGAUUAUGUUUGGUAACCUGGUCGAACUAUUUGAGACCACCAAGAGGAUUUAUAAUUCUGAAGAAAGUCCAUUCUUUACCGUUGAAAAUGUAACAUUUGGAUUAUGGAAAUUUGGACAUCCGGCACCUCUUUUUCUGCGUGGCAAAGAGGACACUAUUGAAGGUACCUUAAGGAAAGUGAAUUUAGCUACUUUCCUUCUUGCAACCUUAGGGUUAAUUGACCUUGGUUUCUUUUUCUUGAAUGAAGCGUUUUUAGAUGUUUUCUGUCCUCCCCAAAAUUUGGAUCCGUCAGAGUCGUUAAGUUUGAUAAAAGAUGAAUCCGGUUAUGACAAGGUCACAAAACUUGAUGUAAGAAAUAAUAGAUACCAGAGAAGCAACCAGACAAAGUUUCUGAAGGCUCAAGCUAUCUUAUACCUUGAAUUGAAAACACAAGCUUACAUCUCAGCGAUUGAAUUGGGUGACAGGUCUAAGGAAGACAUCAUUCAUGACCUAUUCCCUGAAAACAUGGAUGAGAUUCUGUUGCGUCGAAAAGACCCAUUCUAUGAAACGAAUGGAUCCAAAAUAGAAAGAAAUGCUACUGUUUUUACUCCUGCUGAGUUGGACUUCUUAAAAAGAUGUGAUUACCGAAAGCAGACACUACUUAAUACUGCUGAUGACAAUGUUCUAAUGGAGAAAUACGAAUGGAUCAAGUUUUUAAACGAUUUACUUGAGUACGUUUCAAAAAACAUUGGUUUUCUUAUAUGGGGUCCUAAAGGUAAACUUUCUUCCGAAUUGGAUAAGCUAAAUGCAAAGAAAGACGAAAAAGUUGUGAAAGCUGAAAUUGAAGAAUUCAAAGCAAAGCUUCAAAAAGAUGAGUCGAAUGUUACCUCUGAUACUGUUAAAUCAUUACCAGUGUCUCCACAGCAGGAUGAUCCAAUUGAUGCGAAUGGCUCAGAUAUGUCGGAUAUCAGCAAAAAGGGUACAAAGGCUAAAAAGUCAACCAAAAAUAGACCGUCGACAUUUAGAAGAGUUUGGACCAAGGAAGAGGAAGAAGCUUUGAAGGAGGGCUUAAAGCAAAAGGGUACACAUUGGACAGCGAUUUUGGAAUUGUAUGGACCUGGUGGGCAGAUCAAUGAAAGCUUAAAGAACCGCAGUUCUUUACAAUUAAAAGACAAAGCCAGAAACUGGAAAAUUUACUACAUCAAGAACAAUUUACCGGUUCCAGAUUAUUUGAACAAAGCAACCGGUUACGCCGAAAAGUUUAGGAAGAUGAAACCACUCAAUGAUGUUUCAGUUAAUCGACCUAAAGCAACUGUGGGGCAAUAUAGUUCUUCAACAUCAUCUGCUUUAGCAGGCGGUGCAAGCCAGGGUACUACAAAUUUGGCCAGCACCGAUUUUCCAAAUUCUAAUGUAACAACAAAUGGUAACAGCACGAAUGCUUCCCAUGACAAUUUUGAAAAUGAAGUCUACAAUAAGAUGAUUGAAACCCUACUGCCUGAAAAUAAAACGCAAGAUAAAGCAGGUGAUGAUGAUGCCUCUGAACUUAAAGAACUUGUUGCCGAAGCCUUCAAAUAA